UGUACAAAAAAACUGUAAGGAAUAAUAGUAGGACAUGUCCAAUAGCAGCCAGUCACGUACGUGGACCUAGUUCUCAACCCUUUGAGCAGCUUAUUACAAUUCUCAGCCACAAACUUUGUCCAUCCUAACAUGUUUGAUUUUUGAGCUAACCAUUCUCCUACAACAAUCUCACUCAGGAAUAGGAUAUACAAACAUGGAUGGCUCAGCCUCAAAGCCUGGUAACACAACAAAAGUUGGUUUGGUUAAAGCAGCUGUUAACUUAUACGGUAAUAGGUUUACAGUUACAGAUGUUAAUAGUCCUUUGCUGAAGAAAGAUUUCCCUACGAAGCACUCUUCAAAAACAAAAGAACUCCAUAGAACAAGUAGGGAUAUUGUUCAGUACAAAGAGAGCAAACGGGCAGCAGAAUCUGCAAAAGCUCAAGCAGAAACUGAGCUUUCUAAUGCUAAAAAGACAGUGAAAGAUCUUUUCUCUAUGAUUGGUGAAUCCAGCCACAAGGCAAAAGCUCAAAUCCGAGAUAUUGCAUCACUAAAGAAGUAUGGGAAGGCAAACAAGAAUGAUAACAAUAACAACAACGAGUAUUCACAAGUGAUGAGAGAAUUGGAAUGUGCUAAACUAGAACUGUUCCAACUUAAGCUUGACAUGGCUUCUGUUUUGGAAGAGAAACUGCGAGCUGAGAAGGAAAUUGAAGCAUCAAGAUCAAACACGCUGUUAUGCUCAAGAGUUGCACAGAAACUGAUGAAGGAGAUUGAGGAAGCCAAUGAAGAACAAGUGGUGGUUGAAUUGGCCAGGAUGGAGGCUUUGAAAGAACUGAGAGACUUUGAAGCUCUUGAAAACACAAGAAACAAGCUGAAAGAGGCCAUCAAGGAAAUAAAUGAGUCAAAAGAGGUUGAAAUGAAAUUGGCAACCACAUUGUCUGAUAUUGAUAUGUUGAAGAAGGAAUUGAAAUUGAUUAAGAAAAAUAGGAAAAGGGUUGAAAGGGGUGAGAGCAUGGAGCAUGUGGAAGGAAUUGGUGUGAUAGAGACUAUAAAAGAAGAAAUAGAAGCUGCAAAGAAAGACUUGGCUUCGAUUAGAGAGAAAGGUUUUAGGUUUAUGACCUCUAUGGAUGUUACAAGAAAUGAGUUGAAGCAUGUUAAAGCUGCCACGGUUUAUAUAAAGAAUGGUGAGUCAAAAGUUGGUACUAAAGUACGAAACAUGAGUUACAAGCUUUUGAGAGCAAAAUCUAAACUAGAAGCUGUGUCUGCUGCUGAGGGAAAAGCCAAAUCAAUAGUCACUAACUUAACACAAACUCUUGAUAAGCUGAAGUCCGAAACAGAAGCAGCAACCAAAGAAAAAGAGCUUAUAAACGAAGAGGUUGCAACCACAAAAGAAGAGAUUAGAAAAGCUUUGUUGGAGAUGAACGUGAAUGAGGAAAGAUUACAAGGUGCCAUGCAGGAUCUUGAAGCAGCAAAAUCCUCAGAAAGUUUAGCCUUAGAGAAGCUGAAGAUUCUAACAGAGAAUACCAUGAGAGAGAGAAGUUUAAGUUUCACAACAACAAAGGCUAUUAUUAUCUCAAAGUUCGAAUAUGAGUAUUUGACUAACCAUGCAGCCGAGGCAAAUGAAAUUGCUGACAAGAAAGCUGAAGCAGCUAAGGCGUGGGUUGAGGCUAUGAGGGCCAGUGAGAAGGAAAUAAUGAUGAAGACUAAGGUGGCUGAGGCAAAAUUGGAGAUUUAUGCUAAAGAAAAGUUGGUUCCAAAGAGAGUUGGUAAUGAAGAGUUUGAGAAUUGGUCAAGAAAAGUACGUGAAAAGAAUAAUAAUCCACCUAGGGAGUUGCAGCGUGCCAUGUCACGAAAGAGCAUGAAGUCGGAUGGUAGUAUGACUCCUUCAAGAGGUUAUAAGGUUCACAAGUCUGCUUCACCUCGUGUGAGUCCUUUCAUUGUUAAGAAGAAAAAGAAGGUGAUACCAAAUUUUGCCAAGUUUUUUAAAGGGAAGAGAAACACUAGCACUCUAUAAGGGAAGAAUUAAUAAAACCUAUGAUGUAGUCCUAUUGGUGUUGACAGUGAUAUUCUCUAAUCAAAAUUAGAAUUUUAUUAUUAAUGUAAAUUUGUUGAAUAAAAUUCUAAUUUUAAUGAGAGAAUGACACUAACAAUACAUGUUACUAUCUAGGUUUUGUCCAUAAGGUAAUAAUCAUUAAUUAGGACUUGAUAGAAGUACAUUGAAGCAACAUGGGAAAAAAAAAAAAAACACUUGUACAUUUGUUUGAGUGACGGCUACAUAACUAUAUUAUACAAACUCAUGUUCUUACUU